AUGAUGCUCACUACCUUCCUUUUGGGAGUAUUCUUAGUGUCCGCGGCACAGUGUCGUUAUCUUAUCCGGAAAGACUGCACAUUUUCUGUCGCUGCAUCUACUGGUGAUACUUGCUCAUCUCUUGCUAGUUAUUGGGGGAUCACCUUAACCCAGUUUCAAAGCUACAACCCAGGUGUCGACUGCACCAAGGAUCUCACAGUCGAUACCAAUUACUGUAUUGAGUGGGAUGAUGGUAGACCACCACCCACUAGCACCACCACGACGUCUAGUACUGCCACCUCAACGGCUUCUACAGCACCAUCUGGGCCAUCCCCUACCCAGACUGGCAUUGCUUCCAACUGUGACGCAUACUACAAGGCUGUGUCAGGCGAUACUUGCCAAAAAAUCGUCAAAGAUUUCGGAAAUUUCACUCUUACGGACUUCUAUAGCUGGAAUCCGGCUGUCGGUUCAGACUGCUCCCAGCUUUUUCUUGGAUUUUAUUAUUGCGUGGGAACAACCUCGAGUGGGAGCGUGACUACGACUACGAUUAGUUCUACCACUACGGGUCCACCUCAACCGGAACAAACUGGAAUCAUUUCAACCUGUACAUCUUACUACAAGGUCGAGUCAGGAGACACUUGUUCGCAGAUCGUUGACAAUUAUGGCACAUUUACCCUCAAAGACUUCCUCUCGUGGAACCCGGCUGUCGGUUCGGACUGCUCCCAACUCUUCAUCGGUUAUUAUGUGUGCGUCGGUUCCCCGGGACGCCCACAAGCCGGCCCGCAGCAACGAACAGGUAUCGCGGCAAACUGCAACUCCUAUUAUCUCGUCCAGUCUGGGGACUCUUGCCAGAAAAUCGUCGAUAAUUACGGUGAUAUGUUCACAUUGAAGCAGUUCUACAAUUGGAAUCCUGCUGUCGGUUUGGACUGCUCACAACUCUGGGUGGGCUAUUACGUUUGCGUUGGCGUCAAGUCUUGA